UUACGUGGCAGCCGCCGGCGCCAGCCAAUCGGUGGCGCCCGCAUCAGCCCCCUCGGGUGGCGCAGCCGGAAGGGGCGGAGUCGAGGCGGCGGCGGCUGAGCAGGCAGCGGUGGUGGUGGUGGCGGCGGUAGUGGCGGCGGCUCUGGAGGCCGCAGUCCGGGUCCUGGCUUCGGCCCCUGUCCCACCAUGGUGACGCUUGCUGAGCUGCUGGUGUUGCUGGCCGCUCUCUUGGCCACGGCCUCGGGCUACUUCGUCAGCAUCGACGCGCAUGCCGAGGAGUGCUUCUUCGAGCGGGUCACCUCGGGCACCAAGAUGGGCCUCAUCUUCGAGGUGGCGGAGGGCGGCUUCCUGGACAUCGACGUGGAGAUUACAGGACCUGAUAAUAAAGGAAUUUAUAAAGGAGACCGAGAAUCCAGUGGGAAAUACACGUUUGCUGCUCACAUGGAUGGAAUAUAUAAAUUUUGUUUUAGUAACAGGAUGUCUACCAUGACUCCAAAGAUCGUGAUGUUCACCAUCGAUAUUGGUGAGGCUCCAAAAGGCCAGGAUAUGGAAACAGAAGCUCACCAGAACAAGCUAGAAGAAAUGAUUAAUGAACUGGCAGUGGCGAUGACAGCUGUAAAGCAUGAACAGGAGUACAUGGAAGUCCGGGAGAGGAUACACAGAGCCAUCAACGACAACACAAACAGCAGAGUGGUCCUUUGGUCCUUCUUUGAAGCUCUUGUUCUUGUUGCCAUGACAUUGGGACAGAUCUACUACCUGAAGAGAUUUUUCGAAGUCCGGAGGGUUGUAUAAAGGCCUUUUCCUGAUGCUCCCAGCUCAUGAUUCACUUGUUUACCAAACACCUUGGUCAUAAUAAUGUCAUUAGUUUCUACAAUUUUAUUUUUUGAUCUGCACAUUCACAGCUUAUGUUUCUUUGUGAUUAUAGAUAUUGGGGGGAGAAAAGCUCUUUUCAGGUUAUAGUGAAAAUUUGGUAUUUGAUUGACAUAAAAUUUAUUACUUGAAUGCUGCCCCCCCUUAUGCAGCUCCUUCCAGACAGAACUCAAGCAUCGGACAUGGGAUAUAGGAGUGUAAUCUUUCUUUUGUCUGCUUUUCCUUUGGUUUUCAUAAAAGAGUUUGUUUAGGAAGUCAGCACAGAGCCUGACGGAACUAUAGUAAAAUGGCUGUGUUCUUGGGAUUCCCUCACCUGUGGUUCAGUCAUGGAAGAUUCCUUUUGAUGGCUCAUCAGGUGAACAACAUCUGAAUCUUAACAUUUUCUGUCCGCCUCAUGGCAGAGCCUCCUGACUUGGGCUAUGCUUCCAGGUUGGGUACUUUUAUACUUUAUCUGUGUUUUCUUUAAUUAGAAGAGUUUCCCCCUAAAUUUUUAGGUUGAACCUUAGGACUGAAUCGCCUCCACUGAAAUUGAUGACAUGCGCAGCUAAUAACCGUUGUUUGGUUUCUGCCUAAUCUUGUAACCAGUCUCUGUGAAAGCCAAUUCUCUGGGUGUCUCAGCAAACGCCAGCUCUCCUUCCUGCGCUGGCUCGUCCCCUUCAUCCACUGGGUGUGUAGGAAGUGUGAUUCACACAGUUGGAAAACCCUGCAUUUCUGAUGCCAAAGGGUGAAAGCCUCUUGGAUUUUCAUGCAGUGAUACACAGCCACUAUUUUAUUUUUGCUCAGUGGCCUUUUGAGCCGCUUUAACCAGGGCACUGGACAGCAGUGUCAGCACUAUGGUUUUGUUUUUUUUUCUCCUGGGUCUUUCUUUUUGGCACAUGUGAAUUUUGUUUUAUAUAAAAUGGAAAGACUUUUUCUUGGUCUCUGAUGAUGGGUUUAAAAUGAAACAGGGCAUCUGCUUUUGGUGUGGGAGUGAUCCAGGAUUAUGUUGGGACUCAUGUAUAUUAGUUACUUGCACAUUUUUUUUUUUUUUUGGUCUUUCAAGGGGAGUACUACAAGUAACAAGUUUUAUAUAAUUAAUUUAAAUUUGUUACAGGUUUUCAUGUUCAGGACAAUUUUUCAACCUUGGGUAAAAAUAUUUGCAACAGUUUAUUGAUAAGGUGACUGUUUCACCUUAGGACAGCUGUUGCAUGCCAAUAUUUUUUGUGUGUGUGAGAAAACACUUCAAAAUUGAAUUAAAAGUUGUAAAUUUAAAAUUGGUUGUGUAUCUAAUAUGCCCCAGGUUCAGUAAAUAAAUAAAUUCUUUUUA